UGUUAAUUUUUGUCUACCACUUGAGCACCGUGCCGUCAGCAAUGGCCGUCUUUGACAAAUAGUCGUUAAAUUAUCCGGAAUAUAGGCCUACAGUUAUAUGGCGGGUGUAAAUGUUUCACCUGUAUUGCACGUCGAAGAAAUUAACAUAGUCGAUCGGAUUACUCCUACUAGGCACCGUAUUUUACAGAACAUUUAAUGUGCCGGACAGUAAGUUAAUGUUAGCCUCUGAUAAGAACACUGGUAAACUAGCUGCUAUCAAAAUGGUGCCACAGACAUUCCAAUUCACAACUCACACUAACAAUGGAAACAGAGAAUCGAGGCCUCUGAAACAAAUAAAACGCAUUAAUUUGGCAUUGAGCUUGCGCGUUAAGGUUCUACUUGUUUUGACAUUAGGCCUACUUGUCGCCGUCGAUAUUGUUUUGUAUCUAUCAACAACAGAAGCAAAAAUCAAAUAUAAGUUUGGCUUAAGGGAAUCCAAAAUUUCAUCUAGUAAUGAGCCUGUUGCAUUGCACGUAUUACAUAAACCGGACACUGAAAACGUGGAGAAAUUUAGGAAAUCUAAAAACGUAUCGGCGUUAGUGCGUUCAAGAAAACCCAAUGUAUUGCGUAUUCUAGAUAAGCACGUGAAUACUGAAAACGUAGAAAAACUUAGAAAAACUUUAGAAUCAAAGAAAAUGACAUCUAAAAUGUUCUUUCAUCCGACUAAAACAAACACAAUUUUACAAAUUGGACUGAUACCAAUUCAAGAUUCUUGUGCUGUCAUUGGAAGUUCUGGUGUUUUAAAGGGUAGUUCCUGUGGUCGGGAAAUCGACGCUCAUGAUUUUGUAAUAAGAGAAAAUAUGGCACCAGUGAAAGGAUUUGAAUCAGACGUUGGUACCCGAACAAGCCUGAUGACGUCUAAUGAUGCAAUCACGCAUAUUAUGAUUAGGUGCUUACAGAAUCCAUCGAAACCCUGUCAUAAAAAAUACUCAGAAAUUUUAAAGGGGUUUGGCAAGAUGUUUUUUGGAAUACCAGUUUAUCAAGACAGGCCAAAUGAUCAAAAACAAUACAACAAGUUCUUUAGUAUUGCAAAGUCUGUAAAUUCGGAUAUUGACUUUAGGAUUCCGUUGCACAAAUUCAGAGGUGAACUAGACAGAUAUUGGAAGCUUCCUAAAUUAUCAUCCGGCGGCUUUCUAAAUGUUAAUAUUGCUUUCACAUUUUGCAAAAGAAUUUCACUCUACGGAUUUUUUCCUUUUUCGCAGGACCUGAGCAAACGAAAACUUAAAUAUCAUUACUUUGAUAAUAAUAGUAUGAAAGGUGGGCUAGGUGUGCAUAGCAUGCCAGUGGAAUACAACAUUUUUAAAGAACUCCAUAAUAAUCAUACACUUAGACAUGUGAUAAAACGAUGCAUCUGAUCUGAGCAUGAUCGGAGUAAGCAAUGGUCGUACAGUCAUCAAUUUUCCAUACUGCAAGACUGGUGAAUAUGUUUUUGUGUCAUGUGCAAAAGUAGAGACACUGCCGUCAUCUUUGCUUACCGGAAAUGGAGAAAAUGCAAAUGAGCAAUAUUUGUUCGGUGAAACCGGAUUAGCUAUCUU